UGUCAAUCUCCUUUGAGAACUACAAGAUGAAACACCAGCGUGACGAAGUUUUAGGAGUUAAGGAUGAUGUAGAUGAGGAUGAUGAAUAUGAUCAGGAUUUUCCAGAGUUUCCUACACCAACCAGUUGGGAAACACCAAAGCCACAUAUUGGUGCUAAAGGCUACAUUGGACGGGGUAAAGAUAUCAUCACAAAACAUGACAAUCUCAUCUGUGGACGUCGCAAUGCUGAACGCCUUAUGGAGUUCCCACCGGAGUAUGACAUCGGAGACGGAGAAGGAAUGGACAUGAAGCUCUCAAACAGUGUCUAUAACAAGCUCAAGUCAUACUCGUUUGCGGAAUCCAAGAAGGGUCAGAAAGUUCAUGAAAAGAAGGAACAUUCCACUGCGAUUAAAGCUGUUGAUGAGAAGACCAGGAUUUUGAUGUUCAAGCUGGUCAACUCUGGUGUGCUGUCCAGCAUUGAUGGAGUAGUCAGCACUGGCAAGGAGGCGGUCAUUUUUAAAGCUGGUGGCGGGAUGGACGGACAAAUGAAAGUUCCUAAAGAUGUGAUCUUGAAAGUGUACAAGACAACCAUGAAUGAGUUUAAGUCGCGAGCCAAGUACAUCACUGGUGACCACAGACUGUCCAAGGAUGUCUUCAAGAAGCAGAAUCCCAGGAAGAUUAUCAAAAUAUGGGCAGAAAAGGAGUGUAUGAAUUUACGCAGAAUGCGCAGACACAAAAUCCCUUGCCCUACGCCUGUGACACUGAAGAAACAUGUGCUUGCCAUGACCUGCAUUGGUGGAGAAAACCCUGCUCCUAAACUCAAAGAGGUGAAACUCAGCACUGAAGACAUGCAGGAUGCUUAUGAGCAAACAGUUCAGAUAAUAAAAGGUCUGUACCGAGAUUGUGGUCUGGUUCAUGCAGAUUUGAGUGAAUACAACUUGCUGUGGCACGAUGGAAAGGUCUGGAUCAUUGAUGUCAGCCAGUCUGUGGAGAAAGAGAACGCUACCUCCAACGAUUUCCUACUCAGGGACUGCCAGAAUGUAUCUGAUUUCUUUAAACAAGCCGGGGUUCAUGGUGUGGGCACUGCGGAGGAGCUGUUCAUGGAUGUUACCAACUACUCUCUGGAAGGAACUGGAGCUGUGUUUGCCUCACAGGUCACAAGAUAUCAAAAAUCAGACUACCCAUUUGACUACUACUUUGAACAGUCUGAAGCCAUACGGGAGCAGGGCCUGGUCAUUGAAGACAGCAGCGAUAGUGACGAGGAUGAUCAUGAUGAUGAUGAUGUCACAGAAGAUGAUGAUGACUUGCAUGAAACCAAGCAAGAAACAACAACACAAGAAAAUACAGAUUUCCCUAGCUCAUUGCACUGA